UCUUUUCCUCACUCAUCCGCUCGUUCCAUCACCAGUCAGAGCAGUCAACGACAGCAAGCCUCCUUCAAAAUGAUGUCUUCUUCUUCAUCCACCCGCAGCUACAUGUCCUCAGGAGGAUAUUCUCGCUUAUCUGUCUCUAGUGGCGGAGCAGGUCGUGUCUCAUCAAUGCGUGCCGGUAGUGUGUAUGGAGGAGCAGGAGGAUCUGGUGUCCGUAUCUCCAGUGCCUCUGCUUCUCGUUCCUUCUCUGCUGGAGGUGCUGGCUUUGGAGGUGGUGCUGGUUUCGGAGGUGGUGCUGGUUUCAACCUGGCUGAUGCCAUUGAUGUGUCUGCAAAUGAGAAAGCCACCAUGCAAAACCUCAAUGACCGUCUGGCCUCCUACCUGGAGAAGGUGCGCACCCUUGAGAAGGCCAAUGCUGAUCUUGAGCUGAAGAUCCGCCAGUUCCUGGAGAGCAAGGCCACUCCCUCAUCUCGGGACUACAGUGCCUAUUACGCUACUAUCACUGACCUUCAGGCCAAGAUCCAGGCUGCGACCCGUGUUAAUGGAGGCAUCAACCUCAGCAUUGAGAAUGUCAAGCUGGCUGAAGAGGACUUCGCAAUCAAAUAUGAGAAUGAGCUGUGCAUGAGGCAGUCAGUUGAGGCAGAUAUUGCUGGGCUGAGAAGGGUGCUGGAUGAGCUGACAAUGGCCAGAUCUGAUCUGGAGAUGCAGAUUGAGGGCCUGAGAGAAGAGCUGAUCUACCUUAAGAAGAACCACGAGGAGGAACUCUUGGCCGCACGUGCCCAGCAGAUGAGUGGACAGGUCAAAGUAGAGGUUGGCCCAGGAAAAGAGGAUGGCCUGUCAGUGAUCAUGGCUGAAAUCCGUGAGCACUACGAGGCAGUUGUUGCCAAGAACCGCAAAGAACUUGAGACUUGGUUCCAUGCCCAGACCGAAGUUAUCCAGAAAGAAGUUGUUGAAAGCACAGAAACUCUCCAAACAUCCAGAUCAGAAAUCACUGAGCUUAAACGCACACUCCAGAGUCUUCAAAUAGAAUUACAAUCACAACUCAGCAUGAAAUCAUCAUUGGAAGGCACUUUGGCAGAAACACAGGCCCGAUAUUCUGCCAUGUUGUCCGGCUACCAGUUCCAGGUGACCAGCCAGGAACAGCAACUGGUGCAAAUUCGUGCCGAUCUGGAACGUCAAAGACAAGAGUAUCAGACGCUUCUGGACAUCAAGGCCAGACUGGAGAUGGAGAUCGCAGAGUACAGGAGACUGCUGGACGGAGAGGCCGUCAGUACCUCAAGCAUAAGCACAAGCAAAACCUCAACUACACGCAAAGUGAUAACCAUUGUGGAAGAGGUGGUGGAUGGCAAAGUGGUCAGCACAUCUUCCCAGGCUACCAGCCAGAUCGUGUCUCAAAAGAGCUCUUGAGCAAAAGCUAUCUACAUCAGAGUGAUAAAAAGCAAAUAAACUGGUAUAACUGUG